UGUGCCAAUCUGUGGAUAUUAGAUCUAUAUAGACAAAACCAAACAUAGUGAUAAAGUUUGAAUAAGAGCUUACCAAUGAUGGAUUAGUUGGACAUCAUGCUGAUAACUUCAUUGCACGUUUGUAGCACUCAUUUCUCGCAUAAAUCACUGAAGAAACAUAUUUCCACAAAUCGAUGAAAGUUCUGUUUAGAUGUUGACUGUCACGUGAUCCACUCUUCAAACAAGGAGGAAAGAAAGGUGAAAGUAUAUUCCUCCACAAUGUCUUUUCUAAAGAGCUUUGCGGGGGAUUUGGCAGGAAAGAUGACAACAAAGAUUAACCAAACCAUGACUAAUUUCAUUGGUUCAGUGGCAUCUAGCAUCACAUUUACGGUGCAGGAUGUCAACCCAGCCUCAUAUGAAAAGUCUACAGUCAUGUUACAAGAUGGCAAUUUUACAUUGUACAAGACGACUGUCACUUACGAAGCUGUGCUUUACUGUCCUGAACUAUCCCAUAAAGCAUUUAGCUUAUUCAGGUUGCCUACAGAAAAAGAGUCCCGUCAUUGGUUUGGUAUUUUUCCUGCCCGAUUUACUCCCCUCUACACUAGCGACAACAGUCUUCUCAAUAAAUCCAGUCUUCAGGCCAUUGGUGAGUGUGUUAAAGAGCACCCUGAGUGGACCACUGCUCACAUAGCUGCACAGCUGGGACUCAAUGUCUGUUUCAGACACUCUCUCAUAGCAUGUGAAAUCAACUCUGUGAUAGACAACUCAAAGGUGACUCCCCUACAUCUGGCAGUUCAGACAGCCAAUUCCGACACAAUACAAGAACUUCUCAUACACGGAGCAAACAUUGAUGCCACAGAUGGUCUUGGAAAUACAGUAUUCCACUUUGCUGCCAAAACAAAUCCUCUUGUCAUACAGUUGCUAGCUACCAAAUACACUCCAACUAUCAACAUUGCAAAUCAAUCUUGGGAGACUCCGCUACAUGUGGCAUGUCACCAUGACAAGCCAGACUGCCUUGAACAGAUGUUGCGAUGUGGCGCUGACCCAAGCCUUCAGCCUGGAGAUAAAUAUCCCAUGCACUUUGCUGUGGAGGCAAAUAGUACAAAGUGUAUUGAGACAUUGUGUAGGUGGUCAGCUGAUCAGAUUCAUGUAAGAGAUGUCAGCUCUGGAGGCACUCCGCUUCACUGGGCAAAGUCUAAAGAGAUGAUUAAUCUGCUGUGUGAUCUAGGAAGCAACAUAAACCAGGCAAACAACCAGGGGGAGACCAUUGCACACCUGCUUGUUCAACAAGCCAAUCUUGACUGUCUUGUCAGUGUGCUCUCAAGGGAGGCAGAUGUCAAUAAAGCAAACAGUGAGGGUCAUACACUGCUACAUCUAGCUGUUAUGACGGAUAAUGUGGACAUUUUACGUACAGUGAUAGUGUUUGGAGCUGACGUAAAUGCUUUAAAUCUUCAAAAGUGUUCAGCUCGUCACAUUACUGUCGUUGGAACUAAUGUUGGCAAAAACUGGGAGCAUAUGUUGUACACCCUACAUAUGGUUGGUGCUAAGAGGUGUCCCGCAGGUACCCCCCUCUGCCAACAAGGGUGUUCCGAAAAUGGCACUUAUGAUGGGGAUCCAAGAGGAAACCCAUAUGAACCAGGUGUAUUCAACAAAAUGUUAUAUGAUGAGAUGAUACGCGCAACGGCUGUAGCAUCUGCAAUGUCAAGAUCUUCUAGUGCAACAUUUCAAGGGACCCAAAGCUUUUCUGAUAGUCCCAAACCUACAGGACAAAAGGUGCUAUGUUUAGAUGGAGGGGGUAUAAGAGGCCUUAUAUUAGUUCAGUUACUGCUUGCCAUUGAGAAAACUACUGGACGACCAAUAAAGGAGUGUUUUGAUUGGAUAAGUGGGACUAGCACUGGUGGAAUUCUAGCCCUUGCAAUUACACAUGGCAAAUCGCUGCAGUAUAUUUUGGGUUUGUACAUGAGAUUCAAGGAUGCAGUGUUUAUUGGAAAUAGGCCUUAUGAUUCUCAACCACUGGAAAAAUUCAUGAAGCAGGAAUUUGGAGAAAAGACAAGAAUGUCAGAUGUACGAAAACCAAAGGUCAUAGUGACAGGAGUACUGGGAGACAGGCAUCCAGCAGACCUGCAUUUAUUCCGCAACUAUGAGCCCCCUGAAAACUAUAUCACUCUACAGAAUAAGAGUCGAGACACACGCUUUGCUGCUCCACUCAGAUAUACAGAGCAGUUUCUGUGGCAGGCUGCUAGGUCUAGUGGGGCUGCCCCUACAUACUUUAGAGCCAUGGGGAGGUACUUGGAUGGAGGCCUGAUGAGCAACAACCCUACCCUGGACACCCUUAGUGAGAUACAUGAGUACAACAUGGCAUUAAAAUCAGAUGGUCAUAUGGAGAACAUUGAGCCAAUCAGCUGUGUCGUUUCCUUGGGAACAGGUAUAAUUCCAGUGACACCAGUACAAGAUGUUGACUUAUUCCGCCCUUCUGGAAUCAUGGAAGGUAUAAAAGCAGCUUAUGCAGGACAGGCCUUUGUUAAACUUCUCAUUGAUCAGGCAACCAUCUCUGAGGGUAGACCAGUGGAAAGGGCUCGUGCCUGGUGUAGCAUGAUCAAUGUCCCCUACUUCCGCUUCAGUCCCCAACUCUCUGAGGAUGUAAAGCUGGAUGAGACCAAUGACAUGACCCUUGUUAGAACAAUGUGGGAGACAAGGUGCUUCAUAUACGCCAACCAGGAACAGUUAGACAAUCUAGCAGUGCUACUGAGGAUGUGAAUAUCAACUAAGUUGUUGAGUAGUGUCAUGUUUCAGAUUGAAAGCAGAGUUUACAAACUGAGGUUUUGGAUGUGUAUCUACUAGGGGAAGAGGAUACAUUUAUUUACACAAAGCUCUCAAUUAAUGACCAAGACAGUUCAUCGCACUACGUGGAUAUGGUUUUCUUCAAAUACAUACUGCUCACCCACAAUCCCUCAUGGGCUGUAUAUGGCGAAGCUCAAUGUAGUGAGAUGUAGUAGAAAAAUAUUCGCACCAAGAACAUUAGUGUGUGUGACUUUUUUUUUUUAUUACCAAUGAAUAUUUCUAAAUUCCUAGAAUUCAUAUUUUUCUGGUUUGAACUCAAUAAAGUGAAUUUGGUUUGUUAGCUUUGGCUACAAACCAAUCUCUCAAGCAAUUAAAUUCAGUGUUCAAAGUAGCUUUAAUUUUAUUGAGGUUUUAGCCACUGAUCAAAUGUUUGUAACAUCAGCAAACUUAAAAAAAGGGAAUUGUUGGAGAGCGAGUGCCAUCUCACAUACGAUCAACUGAAUUGGUCAUUUUUACUAUAUACACCAUAUACAUCCCCGAUCUGAUUUGCAUUUGGCUGCUUGGACAUAUUACAAUAAAUCUAUUCAAAAUCUAGUCGUUGUCCACGGAUUGGCACCAAAGAACCACUUUGUUUUCCUAUAUGUGAUGUUUGUGAAUCCUGGGUUAAUGUUACCAUGUAAUGGAAGUAAUGUAUGUAAUCACGAGAAAAACUAGUUGUCAUGUUAUAAUAAUUUAUUUUUAUUGUUUAUGAAGGUGAUAUUUGAAUUUUAUAAUUCAAAUUAUAGACAAAAAAAACAUUUUUUAUGGAACCAGGAAUUAUAUAAAGAUAUAUAAAAUAAAUAAAUAAAUGCAAUCUAUCAAGUACAAAAAGUC